GAAUUAAUGCGGCGAGUACCGCACGUUCCCGUCAUGCACCGUGAGCACGAGCGAGCGCUGCUGCUGAAGGCGGUGUGUGGCACGAGAGCAGAAGCGUCUGAGAUUAAUCACCAGCUUCACCAUGAACUACCUGCGCAGACGUCUGUCAGACAGCAGCUUUGUAGCCAAUCUGCCCAAUGGCUACAUGAUGGAUCUCCAGAGAUCCUCAAGCUCCACCAGCUCUCCAGCUUCACCGGCCACAGAGCGCCGCCAGCCGCCGGCCUCACCUGCGCCGCCAGCCCCGCAGGCACAGGCCCCAUCCCCACAGCCGGCCCCACAGCCUGCGGCUCCGGCCCCGCCCACUGCCUCCGGUGGUUUCCUCAGCUCAUUCUCCAGCGUAGUGAAGACGGCUCAGAUCGCCAGCGCUGUGCAUGCGAAGGCCUCGGCGCACGUCGAAGCAUCUGCCGCUCCUCCAGCUAAACCUGCCGUACGCAAACCCAAAGUGCUUCUGGUCAUCGAUGAUCCGCACACGGACUGGGCAAAGUAUUUCAGAGGACGGAAGCUGAAUGGAGAAUAUGAGAUUCGUGUUGAACAGGCCGAGUUCUCAGAGAUAAAUCUGGCGUCAUAUGUUAACUCUGGCUGUACUGUAGACAUACAGGUGAACCGAGGAGGAAGUAAAGUGGUCAGAUCGUUCAAGCCAGAUUUUGUUCUGAUUCGUCAGCAUGCCUACAGCAUGUCUCCAGGAGAAGACUUUAGGAAUCUGGUGAUGGGUUUGCAGUACGGUGCCAUCCCCAGUGUUAACUCGCUUUUCUCCAUCUACAACUUCUGCAGCAAACCCUGGGUGUUCUCACACAUGAUCAAGCUCUAUCAGACUCUGGGUCCAGAGAAGUUUCCUCUGAAUGAGCAGACCUUCUUCCCCAACCACACACAGAUGCUGCCCACAGCAACAUUCCCUGUGGUGGUGAAGAUGGGACACGCUCAUGCCGGCAUGGGAAAGAUAAAGGUGGAGACAGCUAAUGAUUUUCAGGACAUCACCAGUGUAGUGGCUAUAGCUAAAACUUACGCCACGGCCGAACCCUUUGUGGACUCCAAGUAUGACAUCCGUAUCCAGAAGAUUGGCAACAACUAUAAAGCAUACAUGAGAACAUCUAUCUCAGGUAACUGGAAGGCAAACACAGGAUCUGCUAUGCUAGAACAGAUUGCUAUGACUGACAGGUAUCGUCUCUGGGUGGAUUCGUGUUCUGAGAUGUUUGGAGGUUUGGAUAUCUGUGCUGUCAAAGCCGUUCAUGGUAAAGAUGGGAAGGACUAUAUAAUAGAGGUGAUGGACAGCUCAAUGCCACUGAUUGGUGAACAUGUCGAAGAGGACCGACAGCUCAUCUGUGAUCUGGUCAUGAGUAAAAUGGCUUUCAGUCUGCUGGGCAUCACAACACCACUGACAUCGUCCACUAAGACUCCAGCUGCGCCGCAGACGACUCAGCCCAGACGAACUCAAGGUGGACCUCGCUCUGGUUCUGAGUCGGGUCAGGGGUCGCCUCAGAAGGCCCGGUCUGCCACUACCUCACCCAGCCAGGCCUUCCAGCCGGGUCCGAUUCCCGCAGCCGGGCCGGGAUCACAGAAACAAACUCCACAGCUCAAUAAAUCUCAGUCACUUACCAACACCUUCAGCGAGACGCUGCGGGGAAACGUUACAGACGACGAGGCCAAAGCCGAAACCAUUCGCAGUCUGCGUCAGUCCUUCGCCAGUCUGUUCUCAGACUAACACACACACAUAUCUGAUUUAAGGUUGUGUUAGUCUGAUGACAGCUGGAUUUAAGAGUUACUCGUCUUUAUUCAUCCGACACCACACCAACACUUCUCUCACGGUGGACACCAGGAGCCGGUGUGUGUUCAAGCCCUCCAUUAUAAAUCUUCUCAUUGAUGGUUUUGAUUUGUUGAACAUUUGUGUGUUUAGCAGUGGUGUAGAUUGAGCCGAACCGCUCUGUGUUUAAAGCCAUCCUAUUUAAUCAGAUAAUCUGAUGCAAGCAGACCGAUCUGUAACGUAUCAACCAGCAAUAUUCCCACGCAGGAAUAAAAGUUCUGCUGUCUUCCACAUCUGAGAUUCUUCCCUUUAUAAACCACAAUCAUCUACUUGAGCUUCUUUCGGUUUAAUAUCUCUCUAGUCUAGUGGCUCGUGCAUUUUACACCUUUUUACCGUAGUAAACAUGAGGACCUUACAUUAUUGCAAUGAAAUAAAAAGUGCAGUUCAUUUAUUAUGAAGCAAUGUCAGUGGAAUAAAUAUGAGACGUCUUGAUGAUGAAAUGAGCUGUAUAACACACACAGUACUGUCAGAUCUCAACAUAUAGUAUUCAUGUAGUAAGUAUGAUUUCCGUUGUACAGUAUCUUAAGAGAUUAUAGUGAUCAGCCUUUAGUUUUUUGUUUGGCUUGUGGACCAAAUGAAGCGUUACGUAAAUCAUGAUUUGUUGUAGUGUCGAUGAAUUCAUUGCUUCAGAAAAUCGAGUUGCACAUGAGGUCGUGCAGUUAAGCCAUAAACGAUUUUUGUGUAUUAAAUCUGCUGUGAUUCUUUUAUUGAAUGCGUUUGAAUGAAUUGUGUGGAGUUGUAAUGUGUCAUUGACUGUUGUUGAGUUUUUUAAGUGGACUUCUGUGCCUCCAGCAAACUAUCAAAUCUCUGUACUGCUUGAAACUUUCAAUCUAUUUUAUGGAUUGAUUACUUUUGUUCCAGUGUUUAUCUCACUGUUAUCGUCAAGAAUAUUUUGCAUGAAGUUUAUUAGAUAUUGGCAUUUAAAUUUGAGGAGUCAUUAAGUUUCAUCAUUUGAUGUCUACCUCAUGCCGAAAAAAUCAUAUGCAGAACUGAAAGCAGAUGAAGAAAACAAUGUGUGUUAAAUAAACUGGAUGUGACUCUAGAAGAAUAAAAGUCUGUCUCUUGACAAUCUUCAAUCAAAGCCAGUUAAUAUUGAUGAUGUGCCGAUGUCAUAUAUCUGAAUUGUCAUGAUGUUACACACACACAAACACGUACAGUACAAUGUUAUGAUGUGUGAGGUUAUGAUGUGAUGUGGCAUGACACUUCUACUAUGUUUGUUUCAGUGGUAAAGAAGAUAAACUGUGUAUUUUACUGCUUCAUGUUUGACUCUGAUGUAUCUGUGUCUUUAAUUUAUUAUUUUUUUACAUUUUGGUCGCGUAUUUCUGGAAAUGCUAUUAAACGUUAUCUAGUGUUUAUUA